UGGCAGCACCGAAUUAAUCGAUGACAGCGAAAGAUUUCUUCAGAACAGUGAACGUUGAUGACGACAUUUUGUCAAUAAAAUACUAAACCCUUGACGAUAUUAGUUCGUAUUCCUAGUGUUUAGUGUUUAACUAGUCAGCAGAAUGGCGGACAACGAACAAAAAGCGAUGCAGCUAAUGGCCGAGGCGGAGAAAAAAUUAAGUUCAUCAAAAUCGUUCCUGGGGUCACUUUUCGGAGGCUCCUCAAAAAUCGAAGAGGCCGUAGACUGUUAUCUCAGAGCAGCUAACUUAUUCAAGAUGGCCAAGAAGUGGCCUCAAGCAGGGCAGGCUUUCUGUAAUGCAGCACAGCUCCACUUGAAAGCUGGUGUUCGCCAUGAUGCUGCCACCAAUUUUGUAGAUGCUUCUAACUGUUACAAGAAAUGUGAUGCUAACGAGGCCGUGUCCUGUCUCCUGAAAGCGAUCGAGAUCUACACCGAUAUGGGUCGUUUCACUGUGGCUGCCAAACAACACCAGAACAUUGCGGAGCUGUACGAGACGGAGUGCGUUGACCUCGCUCGGGCCAUGCAGCACUACGAGCAGGCGGCCGACUACUUCCGCGGCGAGGAGUCCACCUCCUCCGCCAACAAGUGCAUGCUGAAGCUGGCGCAGUACGCCGCCCAGCUCGAGCACUACGACAAGGCCAUACAGAUCUACGAGCAGAUCGCCAAGUCGUCCCUGGACAACAGCCUGCUCAAGUACAGUGCGAAGGAGUACAUGUUCCGAGCCGCCCUGUGCCACCUGUGCGUCGACAUACUGAACGCGCAGCACGCCCUCGAGAAGUACAGCUCUCUGUAUCCAGCCUUCGGGGACACCAGAGAAUAUAAACUCAUCAAGGAGCUGAUCGAGCACCUUGAAGACCAAAACGUGGAUGCGUACACAGAGGCCGUCAAGACUUACGACAGCAUAUCCAGACUGGACCAGUGGUACACCACCAUGCUGGUCCGCAUCAAGAAACAGAUCAACGACAACCCGGACCUCCGUUGAAGGUCGUCGAGCGCUAGAGCUGCCGUCGUCGCGUAACAUGAAAUCGAUUUUAACGUUAUCGAUAUUACGAGUAAUUGCGGUUAUAUAUAUUUAAAAUAGUUCAAAUUUUUAGACUCGGCUAUCGUUAUAGAUGUAUUCGAUAAAAUACUACUUAAUUGUUGUUUAUAUGCUCAAAAUAAUUGUUCUAGCAUUUGAUAAUCGCGACGACGCGUAGCGAACAUCCUUUCCUUUUACCGUUAACUUUGUAGCAUAUUUCAUUAAGCCUAUUUUCAUUGUAAUCAUUCGGCACAGUGAUAGUGCUGUGUUAUCGAUUACGAUCCAGUUUAUAAUUUUAUCGAUGUUUUAAUGUAGUCUUAUAAUAGUGUGCUAAUAAUUCAGCAUGGCCACAGCAGAACCAGGAUAUUGCAGAUUGUACGCGGCAUGAACUAUUUCAAUUUCAGAAAAUUGUUGAAAUUUGAUUGUUAAAAUUAGUUUUCCACCUUUAGACGCUACUUUGUAUUCAGAAGCGUCUAAUGAAAACUAUUUAGCAAUGAAUUAAUUAACACUAGUGAGAAGUAAAUAUUAUGUAUAAACCGGUUAUUAGAUUCAUGGUGAAAAAUACAUUAUAUCGAAGUAAUUGUUAUGAGAUUUUGUAAUAUUCGUAUUGUAAUCGAUAAUACAGCAUUGAUAUAGUAUUCAAAGUUAGUCGAUAUAAUCUAGACAUAAGUCUGUUUUUAGGUACUUUUUUUUCUUGAAAAUAACAGGUUGUUCAGACAACGUUCCAAUUAACUAUUAAGUACAUAUAAUAUUUAUUUUUAACAUAUUAUUGUGUGAUUGUUCUGUUACUAAGUUAAUUUGAACAACCAAUGUGGUUGUUACUGUAUAUAUAUAUAUUUGUUUGAUGUUAGUUAUAAAACUCCCAUAUCCAGUUUUGUGUCGAAAUAAUAAAUCGAAUGCUCGUGGAUUAUUAAUAACUUGACCGCUGUGUGACUAUCUGGUUUCGUAUAAAAUUUCAUAAAAACGAAAUUUGUAUAAAAAGUUUACUGUUUGAAUAAAAUCGACGCUUGAAAGGCAAACGCGACUAAGCGACAAUGCGUGAACUUUACAGUAGACUAAUUUAAAGUUGAAAUACCUGAAAACAAAAUUUAUUUUAACGAAUCCAGCUGUAGUAGAAUCUAGCUAGUAGCUGUAGGAGUGAAAUUAUUUUAAUGGACCUAGAAAUAUAUUUUUUUUGCACGUCGAAUAUGGUUAUUGCCUAUUAUUUAUGUACAAAGCAGUUAUUGUCGCUUAGUCACUUUUGCCUUUCAAGCGUCGGUUAAUGUUGCUACGAAUCGUUUUGAGAGGAAAAUUAAAGCGUAAAGGAAUUGAAUAAACACUAUAAUUCUGAAUAAAUUUGCAAGAAAUUAUAAUCAACGGAAUGGGGCCUGUUCUCGUUUAGUUUUUAAUUUUUGAUGUUUUUAGUACAUUAGGUUUUUUGUAAAUACAAUGAUUAUUGUUUCGUUAUGAAAUAAAUUUUAUAAUUUAA